GUACGUUCUGCCAUCGGGUCCUGUGGAACGCUUUGUGGCUUUCCUAGAUAUGCAGGGCCAUACUGGGAAAGUGUUGGCGGAAAGUUUACUUGGCUUUUUAACAAGACAUGAAGUGAACAUUGCUGAUUGUCGGGGCCAAUCAUAUGAUAAUGCCAGCAACAUGAGUGGAAAAUAUAACGGUAUGCAAGCUGUUAUUCACCGAAAGUGCCCACUUGCUGAGUAUGUGUCUUGCGCCGCACAUUCUCUCAAUUUAGUCGGCCAAUCAGCAGUAAGAUGCUGUCUGGAAUCUGUCGAAUUUUUUGGCUUUGUCCAAGGUUUAUAUUCUUUCCUCGUCGCUUCAACACACCGCUGGAAAGUAGUCCAUAAUCGGCUGAAGAAAAAAGGCUUGCCCACAGUCAAACGUUUGUCAGACACUCGUUGGUCGGCGCAUUCCGCCGCUGUUAAAGCCGUUGUCAAGGGCUACGGAGAAAUCAAAGCUGGAUUGAAAGAGAUUGCUGCAGACCCAGAGCAGAAAGGAGAUACUCGAGAAGAAGCUCUUAAUCACGCUUCUAAUAUGGAUCGUGUGGAGACUGGCAUACUUACUCUGGUAUGGCACCGUAUCUUGAAAAGUUUUAACAAUAACAGCUAAUUGCUUCAAUCCGCGGAUCAAGACAUUAACUCGGCUGCUGCUAUUUAUGAAUCCCUGGAAGAGUACGUGAAAAAUAUGAGACCAAAAUUUGAGCAGUUGGAGGCUGAAAGAAAAUUGCUCAGUGGAUGCGAACAUUACGAAGACGAAUUGAAACUAAAUCGCCAGCGGAAUCGUCGUUAUGAUGAACCAGGAUCAGCUCCGGAAGUAGAACUUACACCUGCCGAUAAGUUUCGAACGGCAACGUUUUUGCUUAUUAUCGAUAAUUUGGUUGCUUAGUUGAAGAAACGUAAGGAAGCAUACGCCACUGUUGCGUCAAGGUUUGGAUUUUUGAGAACUAUGAAGGAGCUACCUGACGACAAACUGACACUGAGUGCAAAUCAGCUUUGUAAUGUAAAAUUUACCCAGGUGACCUUGAGCCGAGUCUUUCAGACGAGCUAUUACAGUUCUCUGCCUUCCUGAAAACCGAGCUUGCCGAGAGAUACUUGGAUUCGUAAAACUCUGUAGAAGCACCAGUCCUUUCUGAAAUCCCUUCCUCGCCUGCACCAUCUGAGGAUUCUUCAGCGCCAUCUUCACCAGUUACUACAACUCCAAGUGAUGAUGAAGAUAUGUCAUUCAACGAUAACGAUGAGUUGCAUGAGCAUGAUCAAACCAUGGAAUUCGAAAACAAUGGUGCAAUGAAACUAGAAUCACCGGAGGUUCGGAUGUACAAGCUCAUAUUAGAAAACAAACUAGAAACAGUAUUUCCAAAUAUAGAAGUCGCACUUCGUAUUUAUCUUUCUCUUAUUAUAUCUAAUUGCUCUGGCGAAAGACCUUUUUCAAUAUUGCGUUACAUAAAGAACUCGUACAGAUCCACCGCGGGUCAGAGACGGUUGAACGACCUGAUAUUACUAAGUAUUGAACAAGACAUUCUUUGUAGGGACACGCACAUUAAGACGCCGAGUUGGUUCGACAAAUUAAAAGCUCCAAGGCCUUCGGAUUUGGCCAGAAAACGUAAGAUCAACCCUCCACCGGUAGGAAAGAAGCGAUCGCAAACUACCAGUACCGGCAAACGCAACUAUGAUCCGAAAAAAGUGUCACCAUCUGAAAGAGUCCGCGAAUUUCCCGGGGAACAUUUGACUGUUUCUAGUGGCAAACGUUUUUGCAAAGCUUGCCGAGAGUCGCUUGUUUUAAAAAAGAGCGUACUAGUAAGUCAUGUGAAAAGUACAAAGCACGAAUGUAGCAAACAAAAGCUUCUACAAAACCAAUCAAGCGAACGGGAUAUAGCUGAUGCCCUUGCGAAACACGAUGGACAAACUCAUCGUAAGGGUGAAACUUUGGACGAAGAAAGCAAGGUAUAUAGAGUUAAAGUGUUAAUGGCUUUUAUGAAAGCUGGAAUUCCGUUGGAAAAGUUGGAGUGUCAAGAACUGAGAGAUCUUUUGCAAGAGAAUGGUUACCGACUAACAGACGCCAGACACAUGAGAGACUUAGUUCCUUUUAUUCACCAACAAGAACAGGACAAUUUGAAAACAGAGUUGAAAGGGAGAGACUUGUGA